AUGCGGGGCCCGAGGGCGAUGGGAGCGGGAGAUGCCCACGGGAGCAGAGGUCGGUCACAGCCCCGGGGGUCGCGGCCCCCCCUCCACGCGCGGACAUCGCUGCGCACCGAGGGAGCGUCCCGGGCCUCCGUGACGUCACCGGAGGGGUCUGACCAAACAAAUGGGAACCAGAAUAAGAUCCCGUGCCCUGAGAGCGCUCUGCUCGUGGUGCCGCUGAGCCGGACGGUGCUCACGGAGCUGGCGCUGAAGAGGAUCGUGAGAGGAGCGGGGAAGGAGGAGGUGGAGAAGGAUCAUCAGGACAGGGAGAACCACACCUGCCUUCCCCGGCCGCCGUUCGAUCGCCGGUUCCCCGCGGGCUGCGGUGGCCCCUCCGCCGGGCUGAGAACGGCGAACUCAUCGCACGGACCCCCCCACGGGGGCUGCUGCCGGCGCUCAGGCGGCACAGUCUGCCGCGACCCCCGCGUGGGUUCAACCCCCGUCUCGGAGCACACGUACGGCGAGGUGAACCAGCUGGGCGGCGUGUUCGUGAACGGGCGGCCGCUGCCCAACGCCAUCCGGCUGCGCAUCGUGGAGCUGGCGCAGCUCGGGAUCCGGCCCUGCGACAUCAGCCGCCAGCUCCGCGUGUCCCACGGCUGCGUCAGCAAGAUCCUGGCCCGGUACCACGAGACGGGCUCCAUCCUGCCCGGGGCCAUCGGCGGCAGCAAGCCGCGGGUCACCACCCCCGCCGUGGUCAAGCACAUCCGCGACUACAAGCAGGGCGACCCCGGCAUCUUCGCCUGGGAGAUCCGCGACCGGCUGCUCGCCGACGGCGUGUGCGACAAGUACAACGUGCCCUCGGUCAGCUCCAUCAGCCGCAUCCUGCGCAACAAGAUCGGCGGGCUCGCCCCGCCCGGCCCCCCGCCCGCGCUGCCCUGCGGCCACAUCUACCAGUACCCGUACCCCGGCCCCGCCGCCCCGCCGCCCGCCAAGGCCGCCGGGCACCCGGCCGCGCCCCUCGGGGCACCCCCCGUGGGGCUGCCCCGCUCCUGGCCCUCGGCGCACUCCGUCACCAACAUCCUGGGCAUCCGCACCUUCGUGGAGCAGGCGGGAGCUCUGGCUGGCACGGAGGGGGCUACCUACCCCCCAAAAAUGGAAGAGUGGCCCAGCGUGAACAGGACGGGCUUCCCCGCCCCGGGCCAGGCGGUCAACGGGCUCGACAAGGCGGCCAUGGAGGGGGACAUCAAAUACCCGCAGCCCGGCCCGGGGCUCUCCUCGAUGGGCACCUUCCUGCCGGCCUGUGCCUACCCCCCCUCCACCCAGCCCGGCGUCUACGGCGGCUCCCCCGGCGGCUACAUCGCCCCCGGCCCCCCCUGGCAGCCGCAGGGGACCCCCCUGGCCCACCACGGCCACGGCGUGACCGUCCACGGCGGAGACCUGGCCACGGCCAUGGCGUUCAAGCAGCCCGGGAGGGAAGUCGUGGACAGAAAACCCACCAGCCCCGUGGGGAAACCUCCGGACCCUCUAAACACCAUCCAUGGACUGUCUAUCCCAACCUCCUCGUCCUAGAGCCCUGGAGCAGCCGCGAGGGACAGGGACUCUUGGAAUAAGCACCUGCAAACUGUAACUGAAGCCCCAAGUGCCAUCGAACUGUAUCCACAGUGCCACUGCCACUGCAGGGACGAGGAGACAGCCUGGGCAGCGAGAGGUGACACUUCUCCCAUGGCAAAUCCUGGUCAGGACAUUCCCAGAGGGACACUUUACCUCCAUUGGAUUGGAAAGGGUGACAGAAGAGACUCAGUCUUCCUUCUUUAUUUUGUGUUUUUUUACCCCUUGCUUUCGGUUGUUGUUUCUUGUUCCCCGUGUCCCCAAAGACUGCAGGAUGCAGUGAGUGCCUCUGUCCCCAGCCACUGCUGGGAGCAUCCCUGGCUCUGUCCCAGCCCAAGGGAGCAAUUCCUGC